AUUGGCGAGUGUGGGCCGGGAGGAGGAGGAGCUCCGGUAAAGCUGGAAAAGCCCGACUACCAUAUAGUUAUAAACCUGUGUGAGAUCGGGAAGGCGGCGGGUGGGAGUAAGGCCGGAACCGGGCUAUGAAAGGAGUUAUUCUGGCCGCUCCUGCUGCCGCCAUGCAGGAGACCUUCGGCUGCGCCGUCACCAACCGCUUCGACCAGCUGCUGGACGACGAGUCCGACCCGUUCGAUAUCCUGCGGGAGGCCGAGGAGAAGAAGCAGAAGAAGAAAAAAGAGGAGGGAGGCCGGAAAACCAGGGCCGGGGCCGGGAGCGGGAGCGGGGCCUCCGGCAGCACCUCGGCGGCCGCCGCCUCCUCCAACGCGGCCAAAGCCGGGAGGAGGGAGUCUCAGAAAGCCCGCAAAAUCCCGGCCGGGAUUGAGGCCGGGAGCAGGCCCGGGGGAGCCGGCGGGACCGAAAAUGUCUUCGUGGGCAGCGGUGGCGGCGGCAGCCAGAGGAGAGAAGGUCCAAAGAGGGGCCCAAAAAGGGCAGAAAUGCGAGGACAAAAUGAAAACCAGGAUAUUGAGAGAAAAACAGAGAGGCCAGAGCGUAGAGUUGUAUUCCGAGAACGGCGCCCUAAUGAAACUGAAGGAGCUACUGACUUUUCAAUAGAAGCUCCAAUUGACAGAAUGGACAGGGCAUCAGUGAAAGGGCGUGGAGGUGGAAGAGGACGUGGUCGAGGACGAGGUGGCUUUCCCAGGAGUGUUGAUGGAUUUGACCUGCGAGGAAAACGCGAGUUUGAAAGGCAUAGUGGAAAUGACAAAGUGGGAUUGAAACCAGAGGACAAAAGGGGUGGAAGUGGAUCUCGAAACUGGGGAACAGUCAGAGAUGAUCUGAGAGAGACUGAGACAACUCCAGCUGAUGAGACGACUGAAAUGGAAGAGCCCCAAGAAGUGCUUGAAGGCGAUGCAGAGAAUAAACUGAAUGAAGGGGAACAUGAAGCAACAGUAGAUGAUGGUCCACACGAAAUGACUUUGGAUGAAUGGAAGGCACUUCAGGAACAGACUCGCUCUAAGAAGGAGUUCAACAUCCGCAAACCAGAUUCCAGUGUUUUGUCAAAGGCAGUUGUGAUCCAUAAGUCUAAAUAUGAGGGGGAUGAACAGAAGGAAGAAUCUGAUGAGGAGGAUCACCAUUAUUUUAGAAGAUCAGCAAAUGACAUCACUUCCAAACUGGACAUUAACUUCGGCAGUCUUACACGCCCUGGGCGAGGACGGGGUGGUGCUAGAGGUCGUGGAAGAGCCAAGCGAAUCAGUGAAACUAGGCCAGAGGUGCCAGCUGCAGAGAUGACACAGGUAAGUGCUCCCAACCCUGAUGACCCUGAGGACUUCCCAGCUCUUGCUUGAAGCCGCAUUGAAGUUUAGGAAUUGGCACCAGUCUUGAAGAAAAUAAGUUUUGGCACAUCAAAAUGAGAGGCUUUUUGCUUCAGUGUGUAACACUGACUACAAGGAGUGGUAGUUGGCUCACAACUACUGAAAUUGGACUUUCCUGUUCACCACUGGGUGUGAAUAGACCUCACUUAAAUGUGUGUGGAUGAAAGAUGGGUGGAAUAUGGCAUUACUACUGAGUUUUCAGCACCUCCCUUUGUGCUUACUUGUGUGAUAUUGGCAAAUGUCUUAAACUGCUGAAGAGAGAGGUAUAUUUGAUGUUUAAAAAAAAGCUAUAUAUUAAAAAUAUUGAAUUGUUUGCUUGAUUUGUAAUGGUUUCCUGAAAAAGCACACGGGUAAGAGAAUGCAGCCUAUAUUCUGACAGACAAGAUGGUUCUAUCAUUUGGUUAACUGUAAAUUUUGAAGUAUUGCAGGCAUGUUACAGAAAUGGCCUACUUUGGUGCCUAUCCAGCAGAAGUAGCUGCAAUUGCAACCUUGAAGCCAUUUUGAACAUUAUGUGCACAUGUCCUUGAACUUGAAGAGUUGCUUAUUAGAUCACAAAUUAAAAAACACAACCAAAAAAACUUUUUUCCCCUAGUGUCAGUUUUUGGAAGCCAUGUGUUAAAUUUGUGAAGUUUGGACUAACUUAUGUAAAGGGGAAAGAUUGCAAAAUUUGCCUUUUUGGUAAAUAUGAUUGUGAAAACUUGAUAGAAUAAAUGCAGAUUUGUUGAAA